UGUCGGCCCUUCACAGGAAGAAGGCUGGCGUAUUCAACAUGGCUGCGGUCUUCUGACAUAGGAGUUGUCUAAAGUAAUGCUAUAGCCCGGCUUUCUUGAUAGUACACUUGACUCCGUUCAUUGUGUUAAAUAGUUUUGACUCUGCUUCGACAUGGCCCAGUGUGUCCAGUCUGUACAGGAGUUCGUUCAGGACUCGUUUGUCCCGAUGGUGGCCGUCUUGUGCAGUGAAGAAGCUGAGAGAGUGACUCGCAAAAACAACCUAAAUUUUGCGGAGCUGCUGAGGCCUUUCUGCAGACUUACGUCUGAAGGUCACAUCCGAGAUCCCAGCAAUCAACUGCAGGUUGUGAAAAACCUGCGUAUCUGUGUCAACAAUUUAGUGACAAGUCCAACAACAACAUCUACGUCCCUGAGCCCUGCUCAGCGUCAGCUACUCAGUGAUGUGGUGUCAUCCUGCCAGCCCCAAGAAAGUGCUGUGACUAAUGUGGUUAUGGCAGGAGAUUAUGAGCUCAAUUUUAGUGAUGACUGUGUUAAAGCUAGCACCCCCUGGUACAGUGUCUGGAGAGAAACACUGUUGGAAAUCAAAACCUCCAAGUACAGCUCAGUAACCACGCCCUGGUUUGAAGCCUACAGGGAGAACUUCCUGCAGUCAAUGCCUGCCUCUGACCACGAGUUCCUCAAUCAUUACCUUGCUUGCCUGCUAGUGGUAUCAUCCACUGAGGCAGUCCCUGUGGAGCAGUUCCUCAAGCUUUCUCAGGAGCAGCACAGAAUUCAGCACAGUGGAGAAUACACUAAUCCCAAGUGGUUUAUUCCUAACACACUCAAGUACUAUGUCUUGCUACAUGACAUGUGUGAAGGGGAUGAACAAAGAAUGAAAAGUUUGUCGAUGGCAGGGGAAAAUUUUACUUUAGUUCACAUAGUGAACCUGUUUUUGCAGGAUGUGUUUGAUGAUCCAGCUCCAACUAUGAACAGUGCUGCUGUAGAGACCAUUAUUAGCAGACCUGAAGUAGACGGCAAUUAUUCAGCUGAGAAAGAUGAGAUGUCCAGUAGCUUGGAAGGGCAUCCUCUCCAGUUGGACAGCAGCAUGGCAAACCUGCACAACCUCAGUGCUGUACAUACGGACCUAAAGAAAGGUGCUAAAGAUUCAAACAGCCCAGCCUGUGCUGCAGGUAGCCAUGGGGCUUGUCUGACCCUGAACGACCAUGAUUACAUAAGACAGUUUAUCCAAGAAUUCACCUUCAGAGGUCUGCUGCCACACAUAGAGAAAACCAUCAGACAGCUGAACGAUCAGCUAGUAUCCAGGAAGGGCCUGAGUCGGUCUCUGUUCACUGCAACAAAAAAGUGGUUUGGUGGAGGAAAAGCUCCAGAGAAGAGCAUCAGUGAACCAAAGAGCACAUGUGGCCUUCUAUAUCCCCCAGAAGCCCCAGAACUGCAGAUCAGAAAGAUGGCUGACCUGUGCCUCCUGGUUCAGCACUAUGACUUGGCUUACAGCUGUUAUCAUACUGCCAAGAAGGACUUCCUGUCAGAUCAGGCCAUGCUGUAUGCUGCUGGGGCACUGGUGAGAGCACACAUGUUGACUGAGAUCCUUUCCCAGGCACCUCAACCCCACCCACAUCUUGUGUCNNNCGCAAUACAAACGUACAGAGAUGUCUGCAAGAACAUGGUGCUGGCUGAGCGCUGUGCUCUACUCAGUGCUGAAAUACUCAAGAGUCAGGGAAAAUACUCAGAAGCUGCCACUCUUCUCAUUAAAAUGACCAGUGAGGACUCUGAUUUACGGAGUGCUUUGCUGCUGGAGCAGGCUGCCCACUGCUUCAUUAAUAUGCGAAACCCUAUGGUGCGCAAAUUUGCCUUCCAUAUGAUUCUGUCUGGUCAUCGUUUCAGCAAAGCAGGACAGAGGAGGCACGCACUACGGUGUUACUGCCAAGCCAUGCAGGUGUAUAAGGAGAGAGGGUGGUCCUUGGCAGAAGAUCACAUCAACUUUACAAUUGGGCGUCAGUCCUUCACACUUCGCCAACCAGAGGAGGCUGUAACAGCUUUCAGACAGAUCCUGAUCAAUGACAGCAGACAGACGGCUAAACAGCAGGGCGCCUUCCUGAGAGAGUACCUCUAUGUUUACAAGAGCGUGUUGGGAGGAAAUGAAGUCAGCCUUCCCCAGCUUCCCCUGCCCUGCAUCCACAGCUCAGCAACAAGAGUCUACUUUGGACACGAACGCCGCCUUGCAGAAGGAGAAAAGCAGGCGGCCACUCACGUGUCACUGGACCAGGAGUUUGACCAGGAUUUGUCAGCUAUGUGGUGCCAUCUAGAAGAGCAGCUUGUAGCUUCUGCAAAUGGGGGUGUUGUCCCAGUAAAUUUUCAGCCCACUCAGUGCUGCCUCAACAGUCAGACAGACAACCUCCGUCAUCCCCUGGCUGUGGUUGAAGAGCCAAUCAUAGUGGAGGUGACAUUCAGGAAUCCUUUGAAGGUUUCUCUGGCCCUGUCAAGCCUCUCGCUCCUGUGGAGGUUUACUGUUGACGGUUCAUCUUCAUCAAAGGAGAUGACAGAAGAGACCAUUACCAAUGAGGAGACCUCAGCUGUAGGGAUGAUACAGAAAGAUGAUAUUGUGACCUCUGAGACUAUCCAGGAGUUUCAGUUGGGUCCAGAGGAGACCAAAAUGGCCCGACUCAAGCUGCUGCCACACAGAACUGGUCAGCUGAACAUUGUGGGUGUAGUGUACAACCUGGCUGCAGGCUCCUCUGGCGAAAUGACUUCUAGCACUGAAGACCAGCAGACUCUAGAUUUGAUGGUUCGUGGGAAACAGGACUUGAACAUCCUUGGCCCACGUCUUAAUCUGACCAAAGAGGAUAAGAUGUCAGUUCGUCAUGGUCCUGAUCGACGUCUGAAUCCCAUCAUAACAGCACCUAUGCCCCUGAUGGAGGUUUUUUUCCUGCAGUUUCCCACUGCUCUGCUGUGUGGCGAAAUCCGAAAAGCAUAUGUUGAGUUCUGUAAUGUCAGCGGUGUUGCUUUGUGUGGCCUGCGAGUGGUGUCCACACACGCCGCUUUCUUCACCUUUGGCAGCCAGGCCACAACACCCCUCAGCCCGACGUCAGCUGAAAAUUGUUCACCUUAUAAAACCGUGGCCACACCUCUCCAGCGGGCCUCAGAAGCCACUGAGAGUCUGGUUUCAGCUGAUGAUUUCAGACAGCCAUCUGGUGUGAUAGAAAUUCCAAUAGAUGGCAGCAUCCUGCAACCAGGGCAGUCCACUCAGCUGCCUCUCUGGCUGAGAGGACCAGACCAGGAGGGAGUCCAUGAAAUCAACUUUCUGUUCUAUUAUGAGAGCGCAGAGAAAGGACUCAAGAUAAGUCACCGGGUGCUGCGCCACACAGUAUUUAUCUGUGCCAGUCGGUCUUUGAGUAUACAGGCAUCAGCCUGUCGCAGCAGUGUUCCUCCACAUCACUGUCUGGAUGAAAAAGGCAGCAGUGGAACCCUUGUCUUUAUUGAUGUGGAGAACAUCAAUACGAAUGAAGGUGGCGUGCGAGAGUUCCACAUCGUUCAGGUCUCGAGUAGCAGCCAACAUUGGCGCCUUCACAAGUACAUCAACCCGAACAAGGAUAAAGAAUGUAAACUUGGCAGCAGAGAAAGAGCCAAGCUGUGUUUUAGGGCCACACGUUGCAAACCCAGUGAAGCUACCUCUAAGGUUGUAGAGAAGUACACCUUUUCAGACCUGAGUAUGGGAAAUGAACAGAUCAUCAGUUCUACCACACCAUGUGGGGAUUUCUUCUUCCGCUGCCUGACGUUAGAAACUCAGGAAGCAUACGGAGCAUCAUCCAGGAUAUCAUCAGUCAGCAAGAGUCAAGGCUCUGUACCCACUGAGAACAGAAGUUCAGACCUGACAGAUAUUGCCAAGGAGUGCAGUGAGCUGGACCUCAACAUAAUUGUCAUUUGGAAGGCUUAUGUGGUUGAGGACAACAAACAACUUAUCCUGGAGGGCCAACUCCAUGUUGCACUGCAGACCAUCGGCAAAGAAGCCAGUUCUUUGACUGCUAAAGAGGAAGCUCAGGAGAUGGUGCUCCUCAAGUUUAAAUCAGACCUGCCUCCUCCAGUCAUUCUUCCCUCUGCAGAGUUUUGUCAGCUCAUCAAAACCAAUCUACACUACCCUGAAACCUGCACACACCCAUUUGUGCAGGAAAGUCUCUGUUUGGUGCCAGUUACUCUGACUCUGUCCAACUGCUCCUUGGCUCAGGUAGAUGUCAUCAUUGACUUAAGACACAAAAGCACCAGCCCAGAGUCCCUGGAGGUCCACAGCUCAUUUGCUUGGGUGGGUCAGUCCCAGUACAAGCUGCAGCUAAAGCCCAAGGAGGUACUGUGUCUAACACUGCAAGCCUGUUUCCUUCAGGCGGGAGUCUACAAUCUCAACACUCCCAGAGUGUUUGCCAAGCCAUCUGAGCAGAGCAUCAUGUGUGAGACAAGUCAGCAGACGGCUACUCCUGCUCUUAUAGUCAUCAGCAAUGCCUAAAACGAGCCCGAUGGUCUUCAGGCACUUCUAGACCGUGCUGUGUGUUUUAACUCCAUUCAAGGACCAUUGACAUUAAAUUCCUGGAUAGACUGAGCAUUUGUUCCGUCAGUUUUUGCAAUACUGUAAGAAGAGCUGUUUACAUCCUGAAUUGUACAUCUUUUUAUUCAGUCUGCAGUCCUUUCAAAGGCAAAAUGGACACUGACGACUGAACCGCAUUUGCUGCCCAUUCUCUAACAGUCUACAAUUUCAUUAUGCACACGUUGUAUUUUGUUUCUGGACCAGUGAGUCAAACUGUGUUUAACCUCAACAUAUUGUCAUUUAGCUCUUGUAUGCACUUGAAUUGAAAUCUUUUCUGGAAAUUAUGUAAUUUAUUUAUAUAUAACAAAUUGGUUGUAAAUAGAAAAUAAAAGUCUAAUGAUACUGUAAAAGAAUAUCAA